CAGAAAGAAAAUCGGGUCAUGUGAGUGUGUAUAGUUAAGAAAAGAGUGAAGCUCAGUUACGACCAGUUUCCCUUUUCCACACAAAAACUUAUUCUGGGCGCCGGAACCGACCGUCUCCAGCUGCUGGGGAAACCCGGAUUGUUUGGGGGCGAGGAUCAGCGACGCUCACUCCGCAGAAGUCGCUUCCUUCUGCAGCCUCCGGUUUCUUCCUCCUUCGCCCGGGUUGCCGACCGCUUUGUCGGUUCCCUUCUUUCCCAGCGAUGCAGCCCUUCAUGGUCAACAUCAAGUUGUCAGCUCGGACCCUCACCGGGGCGCUCAACUCUCAGAACAGGGGAGCGGCGGACUGGGGCUGGCAAGGCUUGAUUGCAUAUGGAUGCCAUUCUCUUGUUUUGGUGAUUGAUUCCAAGACUGCUCAGACCCUACAGGUUUUGGAAAGACACAAAGCUAAUGUUGUAAAGGUUAAAUGGGCUAAAGAAAACUAUCACCACAAUAUUGGGUCACCUUAUUCUCUGCGCUUAGCCUCAGCUGAUGCAACCGGAAAGAUCAUUGUUUGGGAUGUGGCUACAGGAGCUGCUCGCUGUGAAAUCCAAGAACAUACAAAACCCAUACAGGACAUGCAGUGGCUGUGGAACCAGGAUGCCUCUCAUGAUCUGCUACUUGCAGUUCACCCUCCAAAUUACAUUGUCUUGUGGAAUGCAGAUACGGGCACCAAACUUUGGAAAAAAAGCUAUGCAGAAAACAUCCUUUCUUUUUCAUUCGAUCCCUUUGAUCCAUCCAAUUUAACAUUGCUUACAAGUGAAGGAAUAGUGUUUAUAUCGGACUUCUCUCCUUCAAAGGCCCCUGCCAGUUCAGGGAAAAAAGUUUACAUUUCCAGCCCUCGUUCCAGUCCUGUUCAUAACAAGCUAGUGUCUGCCACUGGGGCUAAAAAAGCUCUGGACAAAGUAAAAAUUCUCAUCACAAAUGAAAAGCCAAGUGCUGAAUCCGUAACACUGAAUGACUGCCUUCAGCUGUCCUAUCUGCCUUCCAAAAGAAACUACAUGUUGUUACUCUACCCGAGAGAGAUAUUGAUUUUGGACCUGGAAGUGAACCAGACAGUAGGUGUGAUAGCAAUCGAAAGAACAGGUGUGCCUUUUCUACAGGUAAUUCCGUGUUUUCAACGCGAUGGAUUGUUCUGCCUACAUGAAAAUGGUUGUAUAACUUUGCGCGUUCGCAGAUCAGCCAGUUAUAUAAGCACUACACCAAAUGAAGAUCCAGACCCUGAUUCCAUUCAGGAACUCAUCUAUGACUUACGAAGUCAGUGUGAUGCGAUCAGGGUUACCAAGACUGUUCGCCCAUUCAGUAUGGUGUGUUGUCCAAUUAAUGAAAAUUCUGCAGCUCUUGUAGUUAGUGAUGGCAGAGUAAUGAUAUGGGAGUUGAAGUCCACCAUUUCUGGCCGAAGUCUACGCACAAGCAAUUCAAGUGCAUCACCUUUGUAUUCACCUGUCUCAUUCUGUGGAAUUCCUGUAGGACCAUCACAGAAAAAACUUCCAGAUUUGUCACUAGAUAAUAUGAUAGGUCAAGGGACAAUUUCUAGUGAAGAACAGCUGAAAAGCUACUGUUUGCAAGAAGUGCAUCUCAAGUUCCUGUUAACAGGGCUUCUAUCUGGACUUCCUUUACCUCCAUUUGCUAUCCGUAUGUGCCCACCACUUACCACCAAAAACAUAAAACAAUACCAGCCUCUCCUUGCUGUCGGAACAAGCAAUGGCUCCGUCUUGGUGUAUAACCUUACCAGUGGGCUCCUCCAUAAAGAAUUAAGCAUUCAUUCCUGUGAAGUCAAGGGCAUUGAAUGGACAAGCUUGAGUGGUUUUCUGUCUUUUGCCACAUCAACACCUAAUAAUCUUGGGCUAGUAAGAAAUGAACUGCAGCUGGUUGAUCUUCCUACAGGUAGAAGCAUUGCAUUUCGUGGAGAACGAGGGACUGAUGAACCAGCCAUUGAAAUGAUAAAAGUAUCUCACUUGAAGCAGUAUUUGGCAGUUGUGUUUAAAGACAAACCUUUGGAACUGUGGGAUAUCAGGACAUGUACUCUUCUGAGAGAAAUGUCCAAAAACUUUCCUACAAUCACAGCUUUGGAAUGGUCGCCUUCGCAUAACCUGAAGAGCUUACGAAAGAAGCAGCUUGCAGCCCGUGAAGCUAUGGCCCGGCAAACUGUAUCUGAUACAACUGAACUGAGCACUUUAGAAUCUUCUGUGAUCAGCUUAUUACAGGAAGCUGAGAGCAAAUCUGAAUUGAGCCAAAACAUUUCUGCUCGAGAGCACUUUGUGUUUACAGAUACUGAUGGACAAGUUUAUCACUUAACGGUAGAGGGAAAUUAUGUCAAAGACAGUGCAAGAAUUCCUCCUGAUGGCAGUAUGGGAAGCAUUACUUGCAUUGCAUGGAAAGGAGAUACCUUGGUUCUUGGAGAUGUUGAUGGAAAUCUGAAUUUCUGGGAUCUAAAAGCCAGAGUGUCCAGAGGCAUUCCCACACACCGGGGCUGGGUGAAGAAGAUACGCUUUGCCCCUGGAAAAGGAAACCAAAAACUGAUAGCCAUGUACAAUGAUGGUGCUGAAGUUUGGGAUACAAAGGAGGUACAGAUGGUUAGCAGUUUAAGAAGUGGAAGAAAUGUCAACUUCCGAGUACUUGAUGUUGACUGGUGUACCUCUGACAAAGUAAUCCUAGCAUCAGACGAUGGAUGCAUCAGAGUGCUAGAGAUGACAAUGAAAUCAGCCUGCUUUAGAAUGGAUGAGCAAGAACUGUCAGAACCUGUGUGGUGCCCCUCCCUUCUUGUCCCAAGAGCUUCCUUGGCUUUAAAAGCAUUCUUGCUGCACCAACCUUGGAAUAAUAAGUAUUCUUUGGAUAUUUCUCACAUAAAUUAUCCAGAGAAUGAAAACAUUAAAAAUUUGCUGCAAGAACAAUUGUACUCAUUGUCCAAUGACAUCAAGGAACUUUUGCUUGAUCCAGAGUUCACCCUCUUGCAGCGAUGUCUCCUGAUUGCGAGACUUUAUGGGGAUGAAUCCGAACUGCAUUUCUGGAGUGUUGCUGCCCAUUAUUUGCAUGCUUUUUCCCAGGGCAAAACGUUAAUGGCCAAAACAGAAGAUCUUUUUUGUCAAGAAAAAUGGAGCAGUCCAUUAGAUAUCUGUUAUGAUACACUCUGUGAAAACUCACAUUUCCAGAAAUUCCAGCUUGACAGAGUCAAUCUUCAAGAAGUUAAGAGAUCAAAUUAUGACCAUACCAGGAAGUGUACCGACCAGUUACUUCUAUUAGGCCAGACUGACAGAGCUGUGCAGCUACUCUUGGAGACAAAUGCAGAGAACCCUUAUUACUACUGUGAUUCACUCAAGGCAUGUCUAGUCACAACAGUCACUUCCUCAGGUCCUUCUCAAAGUACUAUAAAACUGGUAGCGACAAACAUGAUUGCAAAUGGAAAGCUGGCAGAGGGUGUUCAGUUGCUGUGUUUAAUAGAUAAAGCCGCUGAUGCCUGUCGUUAUCUGCAGACCUAUGGUGAAUGGAAUCGAGCAGCAUGGCUUGCAAAAGUUCGCCUGAACCCAGAGGAAUGUGCUGAUGUUUUGAAGCGUUGGGUCGACCAUCUUUGCUCUCCACAAAUCAAUCAGAAAUCCAAGGCCAUCCUUGUUCUUCUUUCCCUAGGUUGCUUUGUAAGAGUGACAGAGAUGCUGCACAGCAUGAGGUAUUUUGACCGGGCUGCAUUAUUUGUUGAAGCUUGCCUUCAGUAUGGUACCAUUGAAGUUAAUGAAGAUGCAAAAAAAUUAAUCCAGGCAGUGUUUGCAGAUUAUGCCAGAAGCUUGAAGACUCUGGGUUUUUUGCAGGCUGCAAUUUUGUUUGCCUCAAAAGCAGGGGCUGCCGGCAAAGAUUUGCUGAAUGAACUCCAACAGCUUAAAGAAGAAGGACUUACAGAGUGACAACCCUAAAUGAACCACUAAAGACUGAGAUUUUCUGUCAGAUUGAAUCAUCAAUGCAGUAACUCUUUACAGGCGAUAAAAAGGAUUAUUUUUCAAUGAAACAAAUGUUCUUGGUCACACAGAAAUUAUACAGAACAUCAUGUGUGAAGGCUUUUACAGUUGAUUAAGAUAGCUUGGUUAACGUUAAGCAAAAGAUUAUAUUUCACUUUGACCAAAAGUUCGGAAUAAAAGGACAAAAAAUGCACAUGUGUAAGAUGUUUCAGGAAAGUUAUGAGAAAUCAUAUAACUAGGGCCAGUCCAAGCCAUUUUGCUGCCUCAGUCAGCUAUGCUUCAUUAGGUAAGAGGUGCUGCCCAAAAUCCUUAGCAAAUGUUGUAGCUGAUAAGACAAAACUUUCAGAUGGUACAAAUACAUGCACCAUACAGCAUUCUCUGCAACAUUGGAAAAUAGGCAAGGAUGGAAAAACUUACUUUGAAUAAUAAAAUGAUCAGAAGAUCAGGCACUCAAGACUUUUUGAAGUGCAACUUAAAAAUGGGUUUGCUCUUUUUGUAGGAUUUAAAAGUCAGGUUAGCAAAUCUUCAUAACAGGAAUAUGUCUUAAAACAAUAAAGAAUUGAGAAAUUUGAGAUGGUUAAGCUCAAGUGAUACUUCAAAAGGUGGUUCACAUGCAAAUGUUUAAACCUUAAUUUUCUUGUGAGACUGAUUUUUUGUCAAUCCCUGAUGUUUCUUAAACUUAAGCUUGUUUGACACUUUCUGGAAACUUAAGUUUCUUUUUCAAAGUGGUUCUUUAGUGACAGGAGUUAGGAACAUCAACACACAUGGGUGCUCAAACUGGCCUAGGAUCACUUGGUUCACAAGAGAUAUUUGUUAAGAAUCUUAAACCUUAGAGCUAUUUUCCCGAGAUAACUGUUGAUGGAUCCUGUCCUGGUCCCAAAAUAUGUUCCUUUUCACUCCUGAUGAGAAAUUCUCCACCAGACAAUUUACAGCUAACACUGCUGUUUCCCAUUUCUGUCUAUUAACUUCUCUCUAGGUCAACGGUCAGUUUCUUAACUAUCAAAGUUUUAACUGCAACUAGCACAAUUCUGUUCAAACUCCCUGCCAAUCACAGUGGUUCAGCAAGCAGGACAGUUCUUUAGAAUACAGCUGUCCAUCGCAGGGGCAGGGUUUAGAAUUUAAUACUCCUUCAUUAGUCUCCCCUGAAAAUAUUGCUCUAAGCAACUAUUUUAAAUUGUGUGUUUAUUUGGCACUAGAGUUGACACUGAGACUUUACUCACAGCUAUGCAAAUAGAAAGAAAACAAAACUGUCAAAAAAAAUUUUUUUGUUCAGGCUCUGAUGUCUAAUCACAGUUCAGAGAGCUGGGCAAAAGCACCCAAAUGCUGAUACUUCCAGAAAAAUAUGCAGCCUCUGGACUAACCUACUUGGGAGAUCUAAGAGAAACUCCCAAAGAUUGGGAGCAAAUUUGUUGUGUUUGUUGUAUCACAUCUGGGGAGUUGUCAGUCUGACUAAGGUAAAGCAUACUGGGAGCAACUUGAUAUUCAUUUAGUAAGCUCUUCCAACUCUUACUCCUUUACUUGUAUUAAGGAAAUGAUGGAGCAAAUGCAUAUGUCGUCUUGAUUUAAACUCCUUUAAUAUCAGUUUAUAUCCUUCACAUUCUUUGCAUUCCAUGUUUUUUUGCAGUAUUUUCUUUGUGACAUUCCUUUUUUCCAAGCACUUGUAAAUAUGUAGUUUUGUCCACUGGAUUAAGUUAUUGAUCAGUUAAUAGUGUGAUAGGUUGCUGUGGAACAAAUGUGUCGGUCUUUAAAUCAUAGCAACUGCACUCUUAACAUGAAGUAGUGCUUUGGAGCAACAAGGAAAUAAUGAAGAACUGUACCAACAGGAGAAGAACAAAGUGACUCCUUACAAGUGCUCAUUUGCUUGUGUUUUCAGAGGCAUCUCUGGAAGCUGGAUAAUUGAUUGUCAACAAAGUGUAAUGUGUGUUGGACUGUGAAUUCAUUUAGCUGUCUUUGAAAAUCUCUUCAAGCUUUGUACCAUAUUGGUUGGUUUGUAGGAUCAGUAAGCUAGGCAAUCAUUAGAUUUGUCCCCUGUCGUUUAAUCCAUAGGGUGUGAUUUCAAGAGCUCAAGGAAUAAGAGCCUGAGAAUAGUACUAUCCUUGUCUUACUGAUUUCCUGAAGCACGCCCUUACAAUGGUUCAGCUCUUCAGUGCUUUAAAGAUUCUUGUGGAUAAUGACUGUUGAAUGAAUGUGUUGCUUCCAUUGCAAGUGACCGUUGCUAAUAUGGUAGCCUAAGUAAAAUAGUGGAUCUAGUGCUUAUUGCCCCAGCAGUAAAACCAUUCUAAAAUAAUCCCAGAUAGUUAUAUCUUAUAUAUUGUGCAUCUCAGGCAUGGUGAUAAUCAGGUGAAAAUAUUAAUCAUCCAGCUAUUCUCUUCAACCUACCAGAUCUGUUCCAUGGCUUUGGAUAGAAAUAGUAGAUCUGUACACGCACAUGUCUACAGGUCUGAUGCCUCCACUGAUGAGCAUGUAACUGUUACUCACUGCCAUAUCAGCAGACACCUUUGCAUCAGUUUGGAAUAGAAUAACUAUGUAGAGGAAUAUGUUGUGGUUUUUUGUUCACUAUAGAAUUCCCCCAUCCUGUGUAUUGUCUAGUAGACCAAGCUUUCUGUUUUGGAAAUGCAGGCCAAAAAUACACAAGUGAAGUGUGAAAUAAUCUUGCACAUGAAAUUUGGUUGAUCCUUAGUCAUUACUACUGCUUAUUUUAGUAUUCAUAUAAUCUCAGUGUGUAAGACUUGACCAUUUCUAGAUGUCUUUCAGAAGCCCAUAGUAAGUUUUGCCAUCUUUCCUUCCCUUCUUUCUAUGUGUCUGCUUUCAGUGCUGUAAAUUGUCUGCCCUUCUAUAAUGCUGUUUUUCUCACUCUAAUCAUCCAAAAGGCAUAGAUCUUCUUCAGGAAGCUUAAUUCUUCUUUUCUUAAAUGCAUAUGACACAUAGAGUACAAUCCAUGGAAGAAAGGGAGAAAUUGUUGAGCUGGUGUGAUCGUGCUGCCGAUGUCAUAGCCAGUCCAGAUAGUGCAAGUGGUACCUAUGCAAUCAAGAGGGGGCACUAAUGCUGGUGGCAGGGCAUCAUGUUGCUCUGUGGUGCCCAGGCGCAAACACUGCCACUAUGCACAAAUUCCUACACUGCAGGAGUUCAUGGCGGUGCUGAGGCGUCCCCGGGGAUGGAACAAACUUUAGUCAGUUUCCAAAGGGCUUUCAGCCCAGGAACAUCCUCUUCAGCUGCCAGCAACACAGCAUAGCCCUUUUGAUUGCAAUGGUGAGUUUCAGGUCUUUGCUUAGUUCCCCCCCCCCCCCCCGCCCUUCCUUUCAUCACCUCCCCAUUCCUCUCUGGGGGUGGUGCAUCUAAGUAUCCCUGGCUGCCAUGAAACUAUCCCCCCUCCUGUGGAUUGUGUUGCCUGUUUCUUACAGGUACAGAGCAGUCCCUUCCCCCCCCCCCCCCGCCCAUAACUACAAAUGUGUGAGCAUGUUUUUUCUAAUUUCACCCAGGAUAACACCUUUAAAGGGGAAGAAAUGAAUCAGGAAUGUUCAUUACAUAAUUAUCUAUAUAUAAAGGGAAUAUAUUGUUUAGACAACGUGGAUACAGUUUUGCCUUUGAAUUUUUUUCUCAAUGCACAUUAUGCCUUAAAAUGUGUAAUUUUCCCCAGAGUUUUCUAAUUGCUAAUUUAACGGAAACAAGGAAUUCACAGCUGCUUUUUGAACUUCAAUUCCUUCGCAAGAUGUUUGGGGAAGCUGAGGGUCAUUGGCAACCACUGGCAUUGGCAACCAUGGAGACAUAGCGCAUAUUUAGGUCCUUGUUAAGGCUUAUAUAAAUUUAGCAUUAAACAAAGCUAGCAGUCAUACUUGUAAUAAGGAGUAGGCUAAGUAAAUGUUGGUUUAUAUUAUUAACAUAGCUUAUGUUAAUCCUUAUAUUGAGUAGAGUAUUAGUUCUCAGUAGUUUUCAGCACUUCUAUUAUAGUACUUGCAGUCUUCAGUAGCAGACUUCAUUAAUACAGCUGUGCAGUUUUCAUGCUAUGAAUUGAUUUCAGGAUGUGUUGCCAGGUUUUAAUCUUUUAUACUGGAUGUUGCUGAUGUUGAGGAAAGACUUACUUUCACUGGCUAUAUUUUUGUGUAUGUUUUAGAGUCCAAUCCUACACAUGUUUACCGAGAACUCGGUCUUACUGGGUACAGUGAGAUUUAUUUAUCAAAUAAAUGUGUGUAGGAUUACAGUCUUAAGAGUAGAAUCUGUAUAUUUUGCACAACAUGGAAGUGAUUUCUUUUAUGAAGGGAUCUCUUGUACAAAGAUGAAUUAAUCAUUAUAAAAAUGAUUUCUUAUUAAAUAAGACACAGGUUAUUAAAAUCAGCAUUAAAACUG